GAGAGCCGGGCGGGCGGCGGGGAGGGGGCUGCGGGGAGUGUCGGCGCGGCGCGGCGCGGCGCGGCGCCGUGCGGGCCCGGGGGCGCGCCCGGCGCCGCUGAUUGACGGCGGGGCCCGGCCCGCGGCCCAUAAAGGCGGCGGCGCGGCGGCGCGGCGGGACGUACGCCGGCGGCAGGGCACCGCGCUCCGCUCCGCACCGCGCUCCGCACCCCGCUGCGCACCGCCUGGCUCCGGCCCCGGCCCCGGCCCCGGCGUCGCCGCUGCCGCGGGAGCAGCCCGCCCCUCGCGCACCGUCGGCUCCCUCAUGCCAGGAGUUAUGCUACAGAGGAGUGGGCUGUUGUGGCUAACUGUCUUGAUAACCCUGUGGGCUUCCUCAAAUGCUCAGGAUGGUGACAGGGAAGAGGAAACUACCUUCGAUUUACUUCAAAUCAGUAACAUAAAUCGAAAGACAGUUGGAGCAAAAUUGUUUCGGGGUCCAGAUCCCUCUAACCCAGCAUAUCGUUUCAUUCGGUUUGACCAUAUACCUCCAUGUAAACCAGAGAAAUUAAAAAAGAUUGUCAAACUCAUACGGCAAAAUGAGGGCUUUAUUCUUUCAGCCACCCUGAGACAGGAUAGGCAAUCUAGAGGCACUCUUCUUGCUUUAGAGGGUCCUGGCAUCAGUGAGAGGCAGUUCGAGAUUAUUUCCAAUGGCCGAGCCAACACCCUGGACCUUAUCUAUUGGGUGGAUGGCUUCCAGAACGUGAUUUCCUUGGAAGACGUGGACCUCGCAGACUCACAAUGGAAGAACCUCACAGUGCAAGUAACAGGGGAGAACUACAACCUCUAUGUUGGCUGUGACCUCAUUGACAGCUUCAUCCUGGAGGAGCCUUUCUACGAACAACUGAGAGCAGAAAACAGUAGAAUGUAUGUGGCGAAAGGAGCUAUUCGGGAGAACCAUUUCAGGGGUCUUUUGCAAAAUAUUCAGUUAAUCUUUGACACUUCAGUAGAGGAUGUUCUGCGUAAAAAAGGAUGCCAAAGGACCCAACCAACGGAAGUGAACACUAUCAACGAGAGCACUGAAAUCCUUCACUUGAGCCCUGCUGUCACAACUGAGUAUGUUGGUGAAAAAACAGAAAAGAAGGCGGAGUUUUGUGACCGCUCCUGUGAAGAGCUGGGAACGAUGUUCACUGAACUCACUGGCCUGCGCAUUGUGGUGAACAACUUAGCUGAUAACCUUCAGAAGGUGUCUGAAGAGAACCAAAUUAUGUGGGAAUUGAUUGGACCAAACAAAACACUCAAGAACCAAUCAGUUUGCUGGCAGGAUGGCCGUGUCUUUUCAGAUAAUGAAAGCUGGAUUGUAGAUAGCUGCACUAAGUGUACCUGCCAGGAUUCUAAAAUUGUGUGCCAUCAAAUCACCUGCCCAGCAGUCUCUUGUGCUGAUCCAUCUUUUAUUGAAGGUGAAUGCUGUCCAGUCUGCUCUCAUUCUGAUGACAGUGAGGAAGGCUGGUCACCAUGGUCAGACUGGACAAAGUGCUCAGUUACUUGUGGCUCUGGCACCCAGAUGCGGGGAAGGUCAUGCGAUGUUACCAGGAGUGCUUGUACAGGCCCGCACAUCCAGACAAGAAUGUGCAGCUUUAAGAAAUGCGACCAUCGCAUACGUCAGGAUGGUGGCUGGAGUCACUGGUCUCCCUGGUCUUCCUGUUCAGUUACCUGUGGAAUAGGAAAUAUCACUCGUAUCCGCCUCUGCAAUUCCCCCAUUCCUCAGAUGGGUGGGAAAAAUUGUGUGGGAAACGGUCGUGAAACAGAAAAAUGUGAGAAGGCUCCAUGUCCAGUGAACGGUCAGUGGGGUCCUUGGUCUCCAUGGUCUGCUUGCACUGUUACCUGUGGAGGAGGACUUCGUGAGAGGUCUCGCCUCUGUAACAGUCCAGAGCCACAGUAUGGAGGAAAGCCAUGUGUGGGAGAUGUCAAACAACACGAUAUGUGCAAUAAGAAGGAUUGCCCAGCUGAUGGGUGUUUGUCAAAUCCUUGCUUUCCUGGAGCAGACUGCAACAGUUACCCAGAUGGAUCUUGGUCAUGUGGGCCAUGUCCAGCAGGCUACCUUGGCAAUGGCACAGUCUGUGAGGAUCUUGAUGAGUGUAUAGCUGUACCAGAUGUUUGCUUUAAGGUGAAUCAGGUCCAUCGCUGUGUGAACACAAAUCCAGGUUUCCACUGCUUGCCAUGUCCUCCACGCUAUAAAGGAAGUCAGCCCUAUGGGGUAGGACUGGAAGUUGCCAAGACAGAGAAGCAAGUGUGUGAACCUGAGAAUCCAUGUAAGGACAAGACACACAGCUGCCACAAGUCUGCAGAAUGUAUCUAUCUGGGCCAUUUCAGUGAUCCCAUGUACAAAUGUGAAUGCAGGACAGGUUAUGCUGGUGAUGGACACAUUUGUGGUGAAGAUUCAGAUUUGGAUGGCUGGCCUAAUAACAACUUGGUCUGUGCUGCUAAUGCUACAUACCAUUGUGUGAAGGAUAACUGCCCCCUUCUGCCUAACUCUGGCCAAGAAGACUUUGAUAAAGAUGGCAAAGGAGAUGCCUGUGAUGAGGACGAUGACAAUGAUGGUGUUGAAGAUGACAAAGACAAUUGCCCUCUUCUGUUCAACCCUCGUCAGUUUGAUUAUGACAAGGAUGAAGUUGGUGACCGCUGUGAUAAUUGCCCCUAUGUGCACAACCUGGCUCAGAUUGACACAGAUAAUAAUGGGGAGGGUGACUCAUGUGCUGUGGACAUUGACGGAGAUGACAUUUUUAAUGAACGAGAUAACUGUCCUUAUGUCUACAACACAGACCAGAGUGAUACAGAUGGUGAUGGUGUUGGUGAUCAGUGUGAUAAUUGUCCAUUAAUGCAUAAUCCAGACCAGACUGAUGCAGAUAAUGACCUUGUUGGUGACCAGUGUGACAACAAUGAGGACAUAGAUGAAGAUGGUCACCAGAACAACCAAGAUAACUGCCCUUACAUUCCUAAUGCUAACCAAGCUGACCAUGAUAAGGAUGGUAAAGGGGAUGCCUGCGAUCCUGAUGAUGACAAUGAUGGUAUCCCUGAUGACAGGGACAAUUGUCGCCUCAGAUACAACCCUGAGCAAGAGGACUCUGAUGGUGACGGCAGAGGUGACAUUUGCAAAGAUGAUUUCGACAAUGACAAUGUCCCAGAUAUUUAUGAUGUAUGCCCUGAAAAUAAUGCCAUCAGUGAAACUGACUUCAGGAAGUUCCAGAUGGUCCCCUUGGACCCCAAGGGAACAGCUCAGAUUGAUCCCAACUGGGUUAUUCGCCACCAAGGCAAGGAACUGGUGCAGACUGCCAACUCUGAUCCUGGAAUAGCUGUGGGCUAUGAUGAGUUCAGCUCUGUUGACUUCAGUGGCACGUUCUAUGUUAACACAGACCGCGAUGAUGACUAUGCUGGCUUUGUGUUUGGCUAUCAGUCCAGCAGUCGGUUUUAUGUCCUGAUGUGGAAGCAGGUGACUCAGACCUACUGGGAGGACAAACCCACCAGGGCAUAUGGCUAUUCUGGUGUGUCACUCAAAGUAGUGAAUUCAACAACUGGUGCUGGUGAACACUUAAGAAAUGCUCUCUGGCACACAGGAAAUACCCCUGGACAGGUGCGUACUUUGUGGCAUGAUCCCAAGAACAUUGGCUGGAAAGAUUAUACUGCUUACAGGUGGCAUUUGAUUCAUCGGCCUAAAACAGGAUUAAUAAAAGUUUUAGUGUAUGAAGGGAAGCAAGUCAUGGUGGAUUCUGGACCAAUCUAUGAUACAACCUUUGCUGGUGGACGAUUAGGUCUUUUUGUCUUCUCUCAAGAGAUGGUCUAUUUCUCUGACCUCAAAUAUGAAUGCAGAGAUGCUUGAGCAAUGGUUGCUGCAUUACCAGCAAAGUACUGCAGAUGCUGUGCAACCUAGACACCUCAGUACAUCCUGGUACUCCCAGUUUCUAUUUUUGUGUACCUCCUUCUCUGUCCUCGUGCUCCACUGACCAGGUACCUCCCUGCUGCCAGGAGUGGCUCAGCCAUCCCUCCACCCAAGUGCCUUCUCACAGCCAGGACUAACGAAACCGAAAUGUGAGCAUCCAGGCCACCACUGAAGCAAAAAGCAGAUUGAUACAUUAGAACACUUUCGUAGAGUGAAAACUUAGCAAGACAUGUUUGUUUAUUUGUCUUUUAAGGAAUAACGUUUACAUAUAAAAAUGUAAUUUCUAAAUGUAUUUAUAUAUAUGGAGAAGAAAAGGGGAUAAUGAUUAUUAUUCAUUGUCUUUAAGUGAGGAAAAAGUGUUUGAAUAACUCUUUAGGUGUAUGGUUGACACUUCCUUGCUCUGAUCAGAGCUGAACUUCAGUAACACAAAGCCUCUAAUUUCAACAAAAUAACAGAGGGCUGCACCAACGGUAUCUAUACUAACAAAGAAAAAGCCUUUGUAGAAUAAAGUGAAGGUCAAUUAGGAAGAUUUCUUGAUCAAAAAAGAUGUCCUUCAGCUGAUGAGGAUGGUUUUAAUAACAUUAAGAUUAGAGUUGGUACAAAUGUCAAAUUUGCAACCUAAAACAUUGUCUAUUAUCACAGACUUAGUUUAGUUCUGUUUGGCUUGAAUUAGAAACUCCCAUGUGACAGGGAAGAGUAAUCAAGUUAAACAUCCAUGGCUAUCACCAUGUCAGGAUGACUUUCAUAAAAUGAUUUCCAGUUGUUCCAUUUCCAUCUUGUUUUGCAUUCCCUCAUAAUAAAAUAUAUUCCAUGACCAUGUGGAGCAAAAUGAACCUGAACCACUUACCACCUCUGCUGCAAAAAGCACUUUGACAUCCUGAAUCCUGAUCUGGGUUUUUGAAAAGGUGGCAACGCUACUAUUACUUAAUUUGGUAACAUAUGAAUUUAAGGUUCCAAUUAUAAAUAUUUUGUUAAUAUUUAUUAUGAUUAUCACAUUGAGCUACCUGAUAAUUUAUUUUAAAGCAUGUCAUAUAAUGCAUUAGUAAUACACUUACAAAUAAAGAUAUUUUAAAGCUAUUUCAAAAAGCAUAUUGCAGUAUGUAGAUAUUGUCAAAGCAUGGCAUACACAUAAACACAUAGUUUCAUGGGUUAUAUUCAUGUAUGCUUUAAAGUUAAAUGAAUAAUAAGAAGGAAUUUAUAAAUGGAACCUUAAUAUAUAUUCGGUUACCCUAAUUUUAAUAUUUUGUAUUGUUACCUAUGUCUGCUGUAUAUAGAAGUUUUCAAAAUAAUGCUGAAGGGAUACCAGUGUUUAUUCUAAACAGAUACAACAGUUAUUCAGAUAUACAAUAGUAUAAACAUGUUUAACAUUUUUUGUUUUCUUUAAGUUGUAUGAGCUUUGUUCACAAAAAGAACACUUGCUGGUGUAAUUUUAUUCAUAGAUGGGUUUAUUAAUGGCAGAAUACACUAACUUCGCCUUCUUGUAGGGCACAGUGAGCUAAAUGUCAAAUCAACUUUUUCUCCCUUGAAAUAGAUUUUUGUUGCUAUAUACAUUAGAAAGAAAUCCAGUUUCUGGCUUUAUUGCACAUUUUAUAAUCAUAUUAUCAAAUCUCUUUUUGAUUUUUUUGAUUUUUUUUUUUCCAAAUCCUCUUUAUGAGGUUUUUUAGUUUGUUUCAGUUUCUUCCUUUUGGUGUUUCAAAUUGUAUCCCCAAGUCCAAAGAAGAAGGGAGGGUGACUUCAUUAAAUGUAAUGAUUGUAAUGGCUGUGUAGGGUUUUUUGUUUUCUCAGAGAGGCAUCAGUGUGGGGAUGAAGGUGUUAAUAUUUAGACUGUAUCAUAAUUUUCCUAUUCUAUGUAAAUUAUUUAUGAUGUGUUUUCUUUUUUUCGUUUUUUUUCCUUGCAAGUGUGUGUGUGUGUGUGUGUGUGUGUGUGUGUGUGAGAAAGAGUGAGAUCAAUGAAAUUUCACUUUGUUUUGCCAAAGAUUGUAAAUAAUUAUUUAUUUGUUUACAUGGACGGAUUCUAUCAUUUAACGUCCUGAUUCAUUUAGUCAGCUCCUCAUUUUUAUAUAUAUAUAUAUAUAUAUAUAUAUAUAUAAAACAUUUUAAGAAACUAAUGAUAGGAAAUAAACUGUAAAAAGGUUUUAUAAAAAAAAUCUCUUUACCUUUUUUAUAGUUAUAAAUGUUUCAUUUUUAAAAAAAAAGCCCCUUCUCCAAAGUCCUCAGUUAAAUAAGCCUCUUGCCUUGCUAUAAACUAUUUCAUUUCACACAAACCAACAAAUCUAUUGCUUGGUUACAAAUCACUUAAUAUUUUUUAAGGAUGUAAAGGGCAGCUUUCCUAGUCCUGCUGACAAAAGACAUCAUUCCACAUGAAGUCUUAAUCUGACAAACUGUCCAAAGUUUUAUUUAUGUUGUAAUUGAGAAAUUUUGGUCCUUCUUUUUUGUUGGACUUGUACACACAUUCUCUGUAUUGGAUCUUGGCCAAUGUGUUUAAACAAAUAUAUAAUCCUAUUCUGUAA